AUGGAUUUCUCAAGGUUCGCUGCCGGCGCCGCGGCCCCGCGCCCGGGCCUGCAGAUCGGCGGCGCCGGGCCCUUCCGGGGCCCCUGCACGCUGCGGCGGCCCCGGCCUCCGCCCCGCCUCGGCGGAGCGGGGAACCUCAUGGUCGCCUCCGCCAUCCGCGGCUGCGGCCUCUUCCACGCGCCCGCGCCCGCUCUCCGGCUCAGAGCGGCGCGCUGCCAGGGCAACGACUCGCUGGCGUACGUCGACGGGCCCCUGGAGGGCACCAAGGGCUCCUCCGCCGACGAGGCCGCCACCGCGCCGGGGCCCGACGCCGACGAGAGGACCCGCGCUCUGGCAGCCACCGCGGGCGACGUGGACGACCUCAGGGACGCGCUGCAGCGGGCCAGGAAGGACCUCGAGGUGGCCAGGCUCAACAGCACCAUGUUCGAGGGCAAGGCGCAGCGGAUCUCCGAGUCCGCCAUCGCGCUCAAGGACCGCGCCGACGGCACGCAGGCCGAGGUCUCCACCGCGGUCGCCGCCGUGCAGGAGGUCAUCGCCAGGGAGGACGACGCCAAGGACGCCGUCCGGAAGGCCACCAUGGCGCUCUCCAUGGCCGAGGCGCGCCUGCAGCUGGCCGCCGAGGCGCUCGACGCCAAGCGUGGCUCCGUGGGCCAGCUGGAGGUCAGCCUCGACGACGUCGAGGAGGAGGCGCUCGCGUCCGCGCAGGAGGAGAUCAGGGCGUGCCAGCUCACCCUCUCCAGGUGCGAGGAGGAGCUGCGGCGGGUCCAGUGCAAAAAAAUGGAGCUGCAGAAGGAGGUCGACAGGCUCACCGAGCUCGCCGAGAGGGCGCUCCUCGACGCGUCCAAGGCCGAGGAGGACGUCUCCAACAUCAUGGUGCUGGCCGAGCAGGCCGUGGCGCUCGAGAUGGAGGCCGCCAAGCGCGCCAACGACGCCGAGCUCGCCAUGCAGAAGGCCGAGAAGGCCGUCUCGCUGGUCGACUCCGUCGUCGACCUCGUGCCGCCUGCCGAGGGGCAGCUGAGCGAGGAGGAGUAUGAUAUUUCUGAUGUGUAUGACUACAGCGGCGAUGGUGUGGCCGACACUUCUGAAAGGGACGAGGUGUCAAAUGUCGAGCGUCUGAUGCAGAUUAGCGACUUGGCCGCCGAAGGCAUCGAGCAGCUUGAAUCGUCCUAUGAAAUGCCCACUGAAGAGCGCGGUGAGAAGCUGCUUGCUGAGCCUCAGAAAGAAGCAGAGCCUGACCUAGACAAGUCAUCAAAGCCAGGGAAGAAGCCCGACGCGGAACGCAAGGAGUCCAAAUCAUCGCUCAAGCGAUCAUCUCGCUUCUUUCCGGCGUCUUUCUUCUCCUCCAAAUCGGAUGGAGAGUUUACGCCUACAUCUGUUUUCCAGGGGCUGAUGAAAACAGCCAGAAAGCAAGCACCAGUUCUUAUUACCGGGAUACUGCUUCUUGGUGCAGGGACACUCUUUAUCAAUAGAGCUGAGAAGAGUGCUCAAUUAACUCAGCAGCCAGGCAUAACCACAAGUAUUGAAGAAGUUACCUCCACUGCUAAGCCCAUUGUUCGUGAGAUACGGCAGCUCCCACAGAGGAUAAAGAAGCUAAUCGAGCUCUUGCCUCAUCAAGAGGUAAAUGAGGAAGAAGCUUCGCUUUUUGACGUACUAUAUUUGCUGCUGGCUAGUGUUGUAUUUGUACCAUUAUUCCAGAAAAUACCCGGAGGUAGUCCUGUCCUUGGAUAUCUUGCUGCUGGUGUUCUCAUUGGUCCCUAUGGUCUUUCUAUCAUCCGUCAUGUCCAUGGAACAAAGGCAAUUGCUGAAUUUGGAGUCGUGUUCUUGUUAUUCAACAUCGGCCUCGAGCUUUCUGUUGAAAGGUUAAGCUCGAUGAAGAAGUACGUCUUUGGAUUAGGCUCUGCUCAGGUGUUGGUUACUGCAGCAGUUAUUGGUAUGAUUGCUCACCGUUUUGCAGCACUACCAGGACCAGCGGCAAUUGUAAUUGGCAGUGGUUUGGCUCUAUCAUCGACGGCUGUUGUCUUGCAAGUACUGCAAGAACGUGGGGAGAGCACGUCACGCCAUGGACGUGCAACAUUUUCUGUGCUACUUUUCCAGGAUUUGGCCGUGGUGGUUCUGUUGAUACUGAUUCCACUUCUGUCACCUAAUUCAUCAAAAGGAGGGGUUGGUUUCCAAGCAAUAGCAGAAGCCAUGGGUAUGGCUGCUGUAAAGGCAGUAGCUGCUAUAACUGCCAUCAUUGCUGGGGGUCGUCUGUUCCUUCGGCCAAUUUACAGACAAAUUGCUGAAAAUCGGAAUGCUGAGAUAUUUUCGGCAAAUACUCUCCUUGUUAUAUUUGGGACAAGUCUCCUUACUGCUCGGGCUGGCUUAUCGAUGGCACUGGGAGCAUUUUUGGCUGGUUUGUUGUUAGCAGAAACAGAGUUCUCCUUGCAGGUUGAGUCGGAUAUUGCUCCUUACCGCGGUCUUCUGUUAGGCUUGUUCUUUAUGACGGUUGGAAUGUCUAUUGACCCAAAGUUGUUUAUGUCAAAUUUCCCAGCAAUCUCUCUGAUAUUAAGUCUCUUAAUUAUUGGGAAGACAUUGUUAGUAACACUUACUGGUAGAUUGUUUGGAAUUUCGACCAUAGCUGCCGUCCGGACUGGACUUUUACUUGCACCUGGCGGGGAGUUUGCUUUUGUUGCCUUUGGAGAAGCUGUCAACCAGGGUCUUCUAUCGCCUCAAUUAUCGUCAUUAUUAUUUUUGGUGGUUGGUAUUUCAAUGGCUAUGACACCAUAUUUAGCUGCGGGAGGGCAGUUUUUGGCAUCUAAAUUCGAGCAGCAUGAUGUGAGGAGCUUAUUGCCAGUGGAAAGUGAGACGGAUGACUUGCAAGGCCAUAUUAUUAUCUUGGGAUUUGGACGUGUUGGGCAGAUCAUUGCCCAACUCCUGUCAGAGCGGCUAAUUCCAUUUGUUGCGCUUGAUGUUCGAAGUGACCGUGUGGCAGUUGGACGUGCACUUGACCUACCAGUAUAUUUCGGUGAUGCAGGAAGCAGGGAGGUACUGCACAAAGUUGGAGCUGAGAGGGCCUGUGCUGCUGCCAUCACUUUAGACACUCCAGGUGCAAAUUAUCGAGCUGUUUGGGCUCUGAGCAAAUACUUUCCAAAUGUGAAGACAUUUGUCCGAGCACAUGACGUUGAUCAUGGUGUUAAUUUGGAGAAAGCAGGUGCAUCAGCGGUCGUCCCUGAGACCUUAGAACCAAGUCUUCAGUUGGCUGCUGCUGUUCUUGCCCAAGCAAAACUUCCAAUGUCAGAGAUUGCAGCGACUAUCAACGAGUUCAGGAACCGUCAUUUGUCAGAGCUCACAGAGCUAUGUUCUACAUCUGGGAACUCUUUGGGCUAUGGGUUCUCAAGAGUCAUGUCGAAAACAAAGCCUCUGAUCUCCGACGAUGAAAGUGAACCUGUCGAUGGAGCAUUGGCAAUCUGAGCCCAAUACAUGAAAGGGUUCCUCACAAAACUGUACAGUAGAUAAACUAGUUGCGUAUAGAAAGGUAGCAAAAAUAAUAACCAGUGCAAGAACCGUUACCGAUCUUAGCGACUUAGCCCUGUCAUCAUUUUUGUAUGGUAGGACAUUUCGUUUUUUCUCGAAACCACAUUUUCCUUUCUUUUUUCUUUAUUUCCAGCCCUUUUAUUCCCAUCAAGUAAUUGAUUUAGGGUGGCCGGUGCAGGACACGAUAAUUUUGCAAAAAGUGUCCGCCAUUUUGCGGUUGCUGUCUC